AUGGAAUUAUCGGUGCUGAGUAACAGUUUUACAGCGGAUAUUUGGUUUAGUUCGAUUUGGUAUGAUGAAAGACUUGCUUUUGAGCAUUUAGAUGAAUGCCGGCAGAAUUUAUCAUUUGAUGAUCGAUUUGAAAAGGUAAAAAUGGGAUAAAAGCAUGUAUUGAAUUUGCUUAGGCUUACAAUUAGUUAGGAUUUUUUGUUUAGGCUUAGGCUUAGGCCUAGUUGUGGUUUUUAGGCCUAAAAACUCCAACUUGGACUAAGCCUAACCUAACUAAGCCUAAGCUAAACCGAAAGAUUAGGUACCAUUUAGAUAGUAGAAAUUUCACUUACCAAAUGUUUCCUCCCAAAAGUUCCUUUCCAGCUAAUCUGGUCACCAAAUGUUUGUAUAGUCAAUACAAAAUCUGCACACGUUCAUCGAUCUCCAAAACCAAAUGUUCUCCUGAUGCUCCUCCCGAAUGGCACAGUUUGGCUGAAUUAUCGAGUAAAAAUUGCGUUUUCACAUACUUAGAAAUAUGGAAUUUUGUGUUUAGAUUCGUGUACAAUCGCCGUGCGAAAUGAAUUUGGAGCGAUUUCCCAUUGACACUCAAUAUUGUGAACUUGUUUUUGAGAGUUAUUCAUACAAUACAGCAAGUGUGUCGGUUCAAUGGAUGGAGCAUAAUCCAAUUACAGUGUUGCCUGAAAUUUCGCUGGCUGAUUUUGAUUUGUCAAGACUCCGGACAUCUAGGCAUACAGAGGUUGGUUGAGAAACGGUAAAAGGACCACCAUGACUUGAAAAUGACAUUUAGGGUGGCGAAAAUAAUGCAAUAUGUAUUAUUAAUAAUACAAUAUUUUUUAUAAAUUAAAAGGCGAAAAUCCUAUAAUCAAAAUUUUUUUAGUGUUAGCCUAAUUAGGUGAAAACUUUUCUCAAGAAUUUCCCAUCUUUUGCCUCAAAGAUUUUGAAAGAAUGAAGAAUUUUAGCAUUUUUUGUGAAAAAAACGAAAAAUGUUGCACAAAAAUCACAAACAAACGUCGUGCUGUCUGGCGUCUCCCUUACUCGCUUCUAUCUCUCAUUUUCUCUCCUCCUCUCCUCGUCUCUUCUAGACGCAAUACUCUCUCGUUUAUUUUUCAAAGUUUUUCGGUUUUUUCGUGAAAUCAGGAAGUUUCACGAUUUUUAUCGAGAACAUCAUACAUGAGAAGAUAGAGAAGGGUAAGACAGAGAUAGAAAAAUAAAAAUAGAAUUGUGAAAUUUAACAUUUUUUUUCCGAAAAAACUGAAAAUUCGAAAAAAAAUGCAUUUUGAGACUACAUUCACAGGUGGAUGGAGUGUGACCCACGGCGGACCCACCGAGGACCAAUGUGGAAAAUUCACCCACGGUGGAUACGUGGUGGGUCCGCUGUGGGUGAGAUUUUGGGAGAAUUCCAUAAAAAACUGUUAAAUGAACUAAAUGUAUUUUUAAGAGUUCCGCUAUGCCUCGGAUGGUGUAAAAAGAGAUUAUAUUGUCUAUAGAAUCAUUUUUCAGUUCUUACUCACUUACAAGGGUGAAGACACACAUUUGUAUAGCGGAGGACCAAAAUAAAAUGUUAUGAAACAUGAAAACUAGUUCUAAAACUCUAUAGAUUUGAUCAGAUGCACUAAAUAAUUCAUUUUCUACUGUUCUCAUCUCUUUUUUGAACUUUAAAGCGUUGCUUCCAUAAUUUUAUGAAUUUUUGCAGAAUGUUGGGGUACUGUAGUUCGAGAUGUGUGCAGUGGCAUUUAAUCUGACGCGCACUUAUUUUUAUUUUUUCGUUUUUUUGGGCCAAACGUUUUUUAUGUAUUUUUGGUGUUUUUUGCGGAUUUUCCCAUCAUCUGCUCAUGGUUGUAGUACUAAAUGAUAUUUAAAGUAGUCCUUAUAUAGUUUCAGAAGUAAAAAGUAUGUAAAAGUAGCAAAUUUUAGGAUAUUAGGGGACAAUAUUCCAUUUUUUUCAAUUAAAUUAUUUUCACCGAAUACUCUGUUAAAACCAAGGUUUUCUUGAUUUUUAUUCUACAUUCGUCCUUUUACCAUUAACUUUGGCACAAUUUUGUAGAUUCAUAGUUCGUGACUUUGUCUACAACGAGGAACUGCUGAGAGCCGGAAAAACAGAAGAAAAAAUGGAAUAAAUUGUAUAUUCAGAUGGAUCUGCUGGUAGACCACUUGAUGUAAGUUUGAAUAAACGACUUUUGAAAUAUACUUUUUCAAUUAUUUAUUUCAUUCCAGACAUUGGAAGAUUCACCAGCUCUCCUGUCACUUGGACUCAACAUCUUCUCGGCUUCCAGUAUUUAGAACUAAUGGUAAGGAUUCAACAUUCUAACAAUGUCAUAUAUUUAUCAGUUAUAUAUUUUUCAGGCAGUGUUAUCUCCGCCUGGACCGACUUGGAUGAAUUUUGGAAGUCUAGCGUUCACCAAGAACAUAAAUCACCGACUUCGCUCAAUAUGGUCAAUAUUUUUUAGGUCAGUUUUUUUUUGUAAUCUAUGAAUAAAAGAAGUGAUAAAGUACCUGCAAACUACUGUUUAAUCGGAAGUUUUCAGAGAAAGAGAUAACACUUUACUAUGCCGAUCUACUGAUCAACUUAUGGCAGAAAAAUGUCACUUCAUUCAUAAAAAAACUCUGACAAAAUUUUCAAAACUCUGAUCUAAAACCCUAAACCCAACUCUUCAAUCCAAAACUACAGUUCGCGCACCUUAUAUAAUUCUUACAGAUAUUGCCAACUCGCAAAAACAGCGAACGAGGAUAUGGACAGAGCGAGACGUUAG